GUGAGACGUGUGAUGUGUACAUAAAUUGUAAAAGUUGUUAAAGAGAAUUGACAGCUAAAGAAUAAACUUUAAAUGUCGUUUCUCUAAUUUCAGAGCAACACAAUAUUUUUUUAUUUAAAAGCUAUCUAAAAUAAUAAAUAGACUUAUAUAGAGAUACCAGGUUCUAGCUUCAUCUCUAUUUUGUCAUAAGUAUCAAUCCUUUUAACUAGACUUCGAGCUUAUUAGCUUUUUAAUUAAAAACAAUGAAAUAAAAAUAAACGUCUAUUAUCUGCAAUCUAAUAUUUGGUGAGACUUGCAUUUUCGAAUAAAAAAAAUUGCAUCUUACAUAUACGUACGAAAAAUCUGAGAUUACGAAACAAAACAUUACUUAUCUUUGAUAACUCAGGCAAACGUGACUCAGCACGGCAAUAGUUUGAGAUUGUGUCUUGCGUAUUCAUUUUUACGUUACUCUUUGAAUGAUUUCAUACGGAAUGAAGUUUUUUAUUUCCACUGUCUCGACAAUCUUGUGCCUUUCUAGUAUUAGUGAAUAUAUUUCAGCUAUGCCUUAUGAUCGUGACGUGGAAUCCACAAUAUCAGACGAACAGUUGCAAAACGACGUGAGCUUUUUUUUGUUUACCCGAGAAUAUCCCGAAAAUCCGCAACUGUUGCCUAUCAACGAUAAGAGUGCAAUAGAGAAAAGUGCGUAUGAUGCAAGUAGACCAACUAAAUUUAUAACACAUGGUUGGAUGAACUCUUAUCGUGGACUGAAUUGCAUCACAAUCACUAGAGCGUUUCUAGCUCAGGAUGGCUACAACGUCAUCGUCGUUGAUUGGAGCAACAUCGCCCAACUGGCCUAUACAAAGUCGUAUGAGCAAGUAAAAGCCGUUGGUGGACACAUAACGAAAAUGAUCAGCUUUUUGGAAAGCCUGGGCAGCAAUCGGAGCGAUAUGUCCCUCGUCGGCCAUUCUCUUGGCGCGCAUGUGAUGGGAUUAGCCGGGUACCAAGCUGUCAAUAAAGUCGGCCACAUCGUCGGCUUGGACCCAGCAGGCCCAGGCUUUUACAAAGCUGGCCCAGGAGAGGGAAUUUCGCGAGAAGAUGGAAAACUAGUCGAAAUAAUUCACACGAAUAUCGACUUCUUGGGCAUUUCACCAUCGGUAGGCCACGCGGAUUUUUAUGUAAAUGGCGGUGGACCGUCCCAGCCAGGUUGUGGUCCAGACCUGGAUGGUUUUUGCGCUCAUGCCAGAGCAUAUGAAUUUUUCGCCGAGUCAAUAACCACACCGGAUGCUUGGCUGGCAACGCAGUGCGACAAUUACCAAGCCUUCUUGAAAGGCGAGUGCUCGAACAACGCGGUGACAUCGUUUCCCAGGUGGUCCAACGAUGGCACGAUAAAAAUGGGCUCUUACUUUUUGCGGACAAAGGACAGGGCACCUUACGGGAUGGGUGUGGAAGGAGCGAAGCCUUCCGACAUGAAAAAAUGAUUUUACUUUUGUCUUGCUCCAGAAAUUUUGUAUCAACUACAAUUAUUAUGAUUUGUUGUACUGAUUGUUUUUUUUAAAUCAGCAUUCG